CAGUAGAACAUUUCUGAUCUUCAUCUAACUGAAACGAUGGCCGAGCUGACCUUUGACGUCUUUAUCGUGUCUCUGCUGGUUCUGCUGCUGGUUCUGAUGGUUCUGCUGCUCAUCUGCUGCUUCUUCAAGCAAAGGAAAAACAGAGAUAUCGCUGAGCUAAAGAUCUCAACAGGACGACCCCAUCGCUCACUGACCAUCAGAACCAAACCGGACCAUGCCAACCAGCUGCUGGACCAACUGCUGGACCGAGUCUUCCUCCAGGUGGAGGUCAGACCAGAACCAAGAGGAGAACCUCUAAGAACUGAACAAGAACAUAGAGGAGAAUCUCUAGAAGCUGAACUAGAAUCUGGAGGCGAAUCUCCAGAGGAAGCUGAACUAGAAUCUGGUGGAUCUCCAGAGGAAGAAUUUCUAGAACCUCUGCAAGUGCCUUGGGGAGAAUACUCAGAUGUUCAUCUAGAAUCUGGAGAAGAAUAUCGAGAAGCUGAACUAGAGCCUCAAGGAGAAUCCAAAGAAGAAAGUGGACCUAAACCUGGAGGAAAAUCUCUACAGGAAGUUGAACUAGAACCUGGAGGAGAAUCCAGAGAAGAAAGAGGACCAGAACCUGGAGGAGACUCUUCAGAGGAAGGUGGAUCUGGACCUGAACCAGUUUCAACAGCUGCUUCUCUCAAACGCAGAACUCUGAACGUUAUUCACAACAAACUGCCCCAUUGGAUCACUGCUUCUCGACAUAAAAAUAAUAAGAAAAAAGAAGCUCAACUGGAACAUGGAGAAGAAUCUUCAGAAGAUGGACCAGAACCUGGAUUAGAAUCUUCAAAGGAAGGUGGACCAGAAACUGGAGGAGACUCUUCAGAGGAAGCUGAGCUAGAACCUGAAGAGCAUCUUGAAGGAGAGCAUGGAUCUGAACCUGAAACAGCUGCUUCUGUCAAACGCAGACUGCUGAACGCUUUUCAUGGCAAACUACCGCAUUGGAACAGUGCUUCUCAACAGCAUAAAAAGAAAAAGAGAAAAGCUCCUCCUCCUCCUCUUCCUUCUCCUCCUCCUCCUCCUGCUGCUGACCAGAAUCAAACCGACAACCUUCAGCAGCUGGAGACUUCCCAGCAUGCAUUUCACUCCUGGAAGGAGGAUGAGCAACAGGAUGACACUUUAGGGCCAGAAUAAACAAACCAGCUCAGCACGCCUCGACACAAAAGGACGACUGACUCCUAAAAGAUCAGCAG